CAUGGUCAGAGGCACAGAGAGGAUGGCACAGCUGCUGUUGAGAUUUGAGAUGGCUGAAGAUCGUCAGCUCCUUUGGCUGAAUAACAGAGAUGAUCCUUGUGAGCUCUGUUUCAUCAAUAUUUGCUUUGUUCCCUCCUUUUUUUUGGUUGGCUCUAAUUUUUAUCAGAUCUGUGUAAUGUUUAACAUCUCAAAUGAAGCAGGAGAUGAUGAAGCAGUAUAAGUAACCGUGUGGGGAUCAGCGUGGUCUGCUGAAUGCAACGGGGCUUCUGAUUUUCAGAAUAAUUGGAAAAGAAGAUGAAGUGUCUCCUGUGCCUGUGUUUACUCCUUGCUGCUUUUUGUGCUGUAACCCACUGCUGCCCUGAAGACAUUUGCAGUGAAGUCAACAAUACUCACCUGAAGGACGGAAGGGAAAAUUUAUUAACAUAUAGUUGUGACAAGGAAGGUUCUAACUAUGCAGAUUUUGUAUUUAGAUUUUACAAGCAGGCUUCAUCAGAAGAAGCUGAUAAAAAUGUUUUCUUUUCUCCCAUGAGCAUCUCCACUGCCUUUGCCAUGCUGGCUGUUGGUGCUAAAUCAACCACUCUGUCUCAGAUUUUUGAAGGACUGGGCUUUGACAACCUGACUGAGACUCGCACACAUGAUGUACAUGAAAGUUUUCACAAAGUUUUGUCAGUACUGAACUGUGGUGAUGUUAAUAUCACAUUAAAUAUAGGGAAUGCCCUUUUUACAGCUACUGGGUAUGAACCACAGGAGUCAUUUUUACAAAAUACCAAAGAAUUUUAUGAUGCAGAUUUUUUCUCCAGUAAUUUUCAUAAACCAGAAGAAGCUACAAAGCAAAUCAAUAAAUAUGUAGAGGAGAAAACCAAGGGGAAAAUUCCUGAAUUAGUUGGUCAUCUUGAUCCAAGUACUGUACUGGUUCUUGUUAACUAUAUUUACUUUAAAGCUGCCUGGGAAAAGUCCUUCGAUCCCAUGCGUACAUUCGAGGAUGACUUUUUUGUGAACACAAAUGCAUCUGUUAGAGUCAACAUGAUGCAGCGUGAUGGUACCUCAGAUAUUUACUAUGACCAGGAUCUCUCCUGUGUGGUGGUAGAGCUGCCUUACCAGGGCACUGCACGGGCAUUGCUUAUUCUGCCUGAUGAAGGGAAGAUGAAGCAAGUGGAAGAUGCUCUCUCCAAGGAAACUGUUUGUAAAUGGGAUAGCAGACUUAUGACCAGGAGAUUAAAUCUGCAGUUACCAAAGUUUUCUAUUAGUGGGUCUUACGACGUUAAAACCCUGUUGCAGCAAAUGGGCAUUACUGAAGUGUUCUCAGCUAAUGCUGAUCUGUCUGGAAUUAGUGGCAAGCAUGACCUCCAGGUUUCACAAGCAAUCCACAAGGCCUUGCUGGAAGUUGAUGAGGCUGGAACUGAAGCUGCAGGAGCCACUGCCAUAAUCCUCACCAGAUUUUCCUCUAUUUCUCAUACCAUCAAAUUCAACAGGCCCUUCCUCAUUUUGAUCUCUGACAAACAAACUGGCACCACACUUUUCAUGGGGAAAAUUGUUGAUCCUACUCAGCAGUAAUCGCUGGGUUAUUUGGCAUACUGAUAUUGGGUAUGGGUUAUAAUGGCUGCAGCAUUUGCAGUUUUGGGCUAGGUAGUGCUGCUAACUAGUCUCUGAUUGAGAGAUACCAGAGGGAAUUGAGAAAUAUCCUUAUCAAAUUAAUAAGAAAAAAAAACAUUGUAAAAAAUCACCAUCAACUGACACUUUUUAAAUGCAACAUUUUCCCCAUAUGAAUAAUUGUAUUGGGCUUGCAUGGCAAGGUUUUGGCAGUGGGGGCCUAGAGGGGUAACUUCAUUAAGAAGCUGCCAGACACUUCCCCCAUAUCUGACAGAGCCACUGCCAACCAGCUCCAGGAUGGAUCUGCUGCUGCUGAAGGCUGAGCCAAUCAGGAAUGGUAGUAACACUGCUGUGGUAACAUAUCUGAGAAGUGAAUAAAGUUAUUUCACAGAAGUAAUUGCUGCCAGAGGAGUGCAGAGAAUAAAUGUCAGGAACCACUCUCCGGUGGAGAACGAGGGGAGGAGGUGCCGAGGUGCCAAAGCAAAGAUCCAUCCAUGGUGCCACCAUGCAUGCAGUUGGUGGAGGACUGUCCUGUGUGAGGGACCCCACUCUGGAGCAGGGAAAAGACUCCUCUCCCUGAGGAGCAGCAGCAGAACCAUGUGAUGAACUGACCAUGAGCUGGGGCAAAGCUGUUUUUAAGAUUUGUUUUACUUUUCAUUAUCCUGCUCUGGUUUUGAUUGGUAAUAAAUUCAAUUAAUUUCUCCA